UGCAUAUCAGAAUAAGAUCAUCUCUCUCGCACAGAAUGCCCACAUAGGCUUUUUGUCGUCUCUCUUAGUGGCUGGUCAUCCCAUCGUGAUUUCCGCCCCCCUGAAAUGCCGACCAUCACCACCGACUCAGCCCCGCUGAGGUGAGGUAGAUAAACCAUGGCUCUUUCCUUCGGCUGAACGAUGUCGAGCCAUCGUUUUAUUCAUAUUUAGUCUGCAUCUGUUCUCUUCCUCAAUCGAUACUGAACUUCGAUUGUUGAAUACCUUCCAUACGACAUCGGCAUCUAUCUAUUUCUCUGGUUUAUUAAACCAUCAUGUCCAGCCCUUACGGUCAUCCCCAAUACAACCAAUACGGCCCGCCGCAGCCAGGCAGUGGUCAGUACGACGGGGCAUACUCUAGUCAGCAAGGCUACUACCCUCCUCAGGGCCAGUACGGACAGCCGCAGCAACAUGGAUAUUAUCCACCCGGGCCCCCUCCCCAGCAGCAUCAUCCAUACGGCGGCCCUCCCCCAUCUUACGAUCAAGGGCCUGCUCCCUCCUAUGGAUACAGCUCGCAGGUGAAUUAUCCAUACGAGCGCGGACACUCCCCUUAUCCUCCACAACAGCCACAACACCAAGGGGGCGCGAAUGCCUCGUAUUAUAAUUCUCAGCCAGGGGGGCAAUAUCCAGCAGGGCAGCCGCCAGCCCCAGGAGGCCCAGGAGGAGAGAAGGGCUUAGGCUCAUCCAUAGUCGGUGCUGCCGGUGGUGGUUUUGUCGGUCAUAAACUCGGUGGAGGAUUUUUGGGGACGGCAGGAGGUGCGCUGGCCGGUGCUGCAGGAAUGAACAUGGCUAGCAAGCUACACAAGAAGCAUGAUAAAAAGCAUAAGAAGGAGAAGAAGCAUCACAAGCACCACAAGCACCAUAAGCGCGGAUCAAGCUCUAGCUCUUCCAGCUCAAGCUCUGACAGCGACUGAUGGAUAACUGCGUGCGAUCAUGAGGCUGUGAUAUGGAUACCCUGUUGAGUAGGCAUCGUUGAUUGGUGUUUAUAUGGCGCCCUGAAUGAGCGGGAAGUUGGCCAACGAGUUUUUUUUUCUUUCUUGAAUUGUAUUCUUAGUCUAAAUAGCAACCUGUGUUCUAUUGUUCCGAUUCACUUGGAGAUGGCAACGUCUUCUGAACUAUUCGCCACCUGUUGCAUAUGGACCUCUGCAUGAGAUGACAUCGAUUUAAGUUUGGUCGGACGAUAGAUGUACUCCGGAAAAGCACUGGGGGGUUGUAUCCGUUGCCACCUUGAUCUUCUGAAGUACGUCGAUGGCUUGAUAUUAUUAGGGCAGAGGACAGCUGCUUCUAGGAUCCAUCGGAGUUAUUACGGGGAACCUGAAAGCGAAAUGAGCAAGUGGAAAUAAAAUUUAUCAGUUUAUCCAAAAGACGACUGUU